UGUAUCAGCUCGGCUUGGAAUUCAGCUGUUGUUGUUAUGUUAGGUAUUCCCAUUGGGGCUUAGGGUUAGGGGGGAGGGGCUCGGAGCUAAGUCGUGUAAAUCUACUACCUUGCCGAGACCUAAAGUGCACUAAUUAGAAUGGAGAGAAGGUUACCUCACCCGGCGCUUCUUUGAUGAUUUUUUUUCUUUGAGAUAGAAAGUACGAAGUCAGACUCCAAUUGAGUUCCGCACCAGGACUCAAACCAUACCUCGAUGAUAAAGUGAAGGAGGGGGAAUCAAUUAUUUAGAGACAUGGCACCCAUUCUUUCAACACAAGGCAAUUGGAUUCAUUUAUUUGGGUAUAGGAAAAAAAAACAAAUUUUUCAUGCUGACUCUCUAGUUGAACUGCGGUUUUCAUCAUUUCUCGGUAUAUGAGCAUUCAAGUUCCACAAUAAAGGAGGCUGUCUCUAGCGAAACAUUUUAAAUGCGCGUAUAUUAUAAACAAUCCAACUGGAAAUGGGAUGUUCAGAUGUAGGCAAAAGAACCGAACAAUAGCUAUUUAUUUAUGAGAAUUUUGAAAGAUUUCAGAGUCGAGGUUAAAGAGUCAAGAUGCAGAGGAACCACCGCCCCAAGUGCCCUAUAGAUAGAAGAAGAAUUUUUGCUAAUUCGAUUUAUAUAUAUAAGGCCGGUCUUCGGUGGCUAAUGGUUUUACUUUUUUGGACCAAAGGAAAUGAAACUGAGCCUUUCCUAAAUGGAGAUUGGGUUGAUGUGAAGUCUUUAUUACAGUAGUAAAUUCUUUCCUUUUUUUUUCUACUGUCCCGUUUUGCGCUCGCGAGGGAAGGGUUGGUGAGAAAGACGGAGGUCAGGUCUGACUGGGUAAAGGGGAAACUAGUGACCUGUGACAGUUGGUAUCAGAGCCAGCUUGUCAGAGUAGUUGGCUUGUGAAGCACACAAUGUCGACCUCGGAGAUUCUCAUGACCGACAGACAUGGCUAACUGUGUACUGUUUAUUUAAAAUAAAAUUUCUUUUAGCCAAGCCAAUAAAGAAAUUUUUCAGUCAUGUCCGAAGUCGUUACUAAGACCGCAAGGUCGGGGUUGAGUUGAGAAUUCGGGAGGAGCAUGCGGACCGCUUGCUUCGCCAAGAACAACCAUUGGUUGUAGCAUUUUUUAUCAAUAGGAAGAGGAGAAGUUCGUUAGGAAAUUUUUACAUGCCACGACGAUCCAUAUACAUAUAGAAGGGAAGUUUUGUUGAUGGAUUCCUGUUUAGAAUGACAAAGACGAACUUAUAGAAUCUUUUGCACAGGUCCAGAUCUAUCAUCACUCUCCCCCCCAAAAACAAGGGGGAUUCUUCUUUCAGUUCUGUCUUUCCUUUGCCAACUCGUACUCUUUCUUUAACGCAUGACUUACUUGACUUUGUAUUCCUUCUCUUCCUAUCAUCGUUAUCGCAAGGUGCAAUGAUGAAGAGGAUCUGCAUCAAACAAUGGAGGGAUUGGCCCCCAUUUUUUAUUUGUCUCCUCCAGCAACUCAGGAGCCUGUUCCCCCUUUGUUGGAAAUCCCCGCAGCUGUGGUCAACCAGGAAGACCUCUGGAGGAGCAACAGGAGGAGGCUGCUCCAGCUCAUCCGCGUCCCGAUGCGGAUCGGAUCUGGAUCCCCAUCCCGAGCUGCCUGGGAAUAGCAUGGAGUUUCUUCCAAGGCAGCGACAAUCCUACUCCGAAACAGUUUAGGCGAUCUAUAAUCGCCUCAUCUUAUAUCAUAGGGAUGUGAGUACUCUUCCUGAGCCCGAACGACUGUUGAAGGAGGCUCAACAAAUCUCUCAGAUCAAGGGGGAAAUCCUCUAUAAACAGGAAGAUAUGGAUAGAGGAGGAGGUUUACUUUGGAAUGGAGCCCAAUUCCUAAGGGGCCGAUUUUUUUAAAGAAAGGCUCCGUAAGAUCCUGAAGGAUGGAGGGUGCAAAUAGCACUACUCUCAUUCCUUCCACAAAGCUAAAAGAAGGGAUUGGUAAACCAUAUUAUUUCCGCCGCGGCGGUAGGGGGGAAGGAAGGCGUAGGGCUCACACAAGUAAGUGCAGGACCCCCUACGGGCCUUUCUGAAGUGUGGCACGGCUAGGGAGGUAUGGGAGAGCCAUUGUGAAGUCUAGAGAGGCGGAAGCGGCAAAUCGCUUCUAACGAGUUCCCCAACACUUAGCUUAGUAGCUUAACUCUUCUGGCGUGGCGCUGCUGGAUGCUUCUGAUCAAUAGGAAUAGGAGGAAAAAUCAAAGCUUAUGAUGAGCAUCUAUUGGAGUCGAUCAUUUCCAAGAUCUAAUUCCAGUUUCUUAUUAUGUAGUGGAAACGCCUCACAAUCUUCAGUUUUACGCUUAGGCUUAAGGGAAGAAAUGUUCUUGGUGGAUGCAGGACUUGGUACCCCCAAAAUUUGUAUGCAAGAUGAGCUUACAGGAGUGCCAAUCAACCGAGCCACCAGGUUUGAGAAUAAGGUGGGAUCCCUGAAUGUAGUGGCUGGUGAAUCACUGAAAAAAAAGCGGAUUUUUGAGAGAUUCUUCAUCGAUCUAGUGGCCGGUGAAUCACUGAUCAAAGAGCGAGCAGCCGCCAGGUUUAAUGAUUUUGUGGGAUCUCUGGAUGUAGUGGCUGGUGAACCGCUUCUUCUUCUUCCACGAAGAUUCAGACAAAAGCGAGCUUGGAUGGAACUGAAGAAGAUUUGGCGAACGAAGAAAAAGGUCAAUGGGUUUAUUAUUGACAAAGUAAAAGGAGGUUAUUCAGUAGCCAUCGCAGGUUUCAUUACUUUUCUUCCAUUCUGUCCUCUCAUAACUCAAAGGAUAGCGAAUAAUAGAUUCACCAUUGAGAGCAUUAACCCCAAAAGGACGAAUAUUGUGGUGUUAUAAGAGCGGCAGAUCAAACAAGAAAAGAACUUUCUGAGAAAAAAAAAAUCCUAUGUUCCUCCGACCGGGCGGGUAGAGGGACAGAACGAUGAAGCAGAUACUUGGGCGCUAGUGAUAGUCCAGGCAGGAUGAGUCAGCAGAAGCGAUUGAUCGACGGGACGGAGGAUAUUUUUGAGAAAUUCUCAACUUGACCUUUAGCCCAAGCGUUAUAUUUGGUUAUUUACUAAAAUCCCCUUUUGGGGAGAAGGUUGGAUUGUUAGUGUGGACGAUUUAGAAGAUCUAAUUGGAGGGCAUGUAUGGUUAGGUUCCAUUUGUAUACUUGGCGGAAUUUGGCAUAUCUUAACCAAACCCUUUGCAUGGGCUCACCGUGCAUUUGUAAGGUCUGGAGAGGCUUACUUGUCUUAUAGUUUAGGUGCUUUAUCUGUCUUUGGUUUCAUCGCUUGUUGUUUCAUCUGGUUAAAUAAUACCGCUGAGUUUGACGGGCCCACCGGGCCAGAAGCUUCUCAAGCUCAAGCAUUGACUUUUCUAGUUAGAGACCAACGUCUUGGGGCUAACGUGGGAUCUGCUCAAGGACCUACUGGUUUAGGUAAAUAUCUCAUGCCUUCCCCGACUGGAGAGGUUCUUUUUUGCAUCAAAACAAUGCGCUUUUAAAAAAUAUAAUGGUCGGAAAAAAUGAAAAAAAGUUGAAAUUCGCGAAAAUUGAUGCAAAAAAGACAAAACGGGAUUGGAUUUCCGGAAGAAAGGUUAGAUACCUGCUUGUAUUUUUUUUUGAAAUGGGAUGGUCUUCAAACUCCCGAGAUGCAGUCUAGACUGCGGGCUCUCCCCUUUCUGACUGGACUGACUCGGGGAAGGCUCAAUUUGACCUCCUCCGGAGCAUGCUUCACAGCCACUCAUUCGUCCUGACCAAAGAGUAGAAUCUAUCUCUCAGCGAUUCCUUUCUCCGCUAAUCACCCCUUCCCAACCAGCCCCCCCGAUCGAUCGUCGGUUGAUCGGCGAUAGGGGUUGAGAUGGUUCGAAGUUGUCGGAACGAAUCGUUUGUUUGCUUUAUCGAACAAAGCUUGAUUAGGGGGUCGUCGAUUAGCCCCCUAUUUUCAACCAUUACAGCUGGUGUUGACCAGCUUUUCGAUACGGACGGACACGAAGAAAAACGCAGGCAGCGGAAAUGCAAAAGAGAAGAACAAAGAUUCCCGACCCUAAUGACUCAACCACAAAUCUGUUGAAUGAAGGGGGAUUGCUUACUCUCAGCCACUAGUUAGAAGGAAAUCCCUUGACUGAGCAUAAGCUCAGUCAAGUGAGGCGGGUGGAGAUUCCAUUCGAAGUAACAUAACAGGAUUCGUUAAUGCACCAUCUUCAAAAAAAAGCGGGAUCCGGAGUUUUCGAGAAAAGGUCCCAUCCGUCAAUA